GGAGGGAAAAGAUUGACGUCGGAGACGGAAAAGGGCGUCGCAUUUUCAUCAGGGCGGGAAAUCUACCACACAUGUCAACAACUAACAUAGUUCGAAUGUUAACGCAUUUUAUAUAGCUACAGGUAACCAAAGCUUGAAAGCAACUGAUAAUCUGUAGCUAAUUUACUUACAAACUGUUCUGCGAUCUCGUUACAGUAGGGCUCUCGCUAAGUGGUGGUUGUUAUUGUUUAGCCAGCUAGCUAGCUUGUCACAGAAAGAGAACGUCGCCCUCUGUUUUGGUCUGUUUUCUAACUCCUAUUUAGAGAGCCAUGCAGGCGUUUUUGAAAGGAACAUCUACUCAAGGCACCAGACCUCUGAAAGAGAAAGGUGCCGGGACCAGUGGAGAGAAGAAGCAGAAGUCUGUCCCCUGGGUUGAGAAAUAUAGACCAAAAUGUAUGGAAGAGGUAGCAUUUCAAGAGGAGGUGGUUGCUGUGCUGAAGAAGACUAUAGAGGGCGCUGAUCUCCCCAAUCUGCUGUUCUAUGGACCACCUGGAACAGGAAAGACCUCCACCAUCCUGGCUGCAGCCAGGGAACUUUAUGGGCCAGAGCUGUACCGACAGAGAGUCCUGGAACUGAACGCCUCUGAUGAGAGAGGGAUUCAGGUGGUCAGAGAGAAAGUCAAGAGAUUUGCCCAGCUGACUGUAGCAGGACACCGCACUGAUGGGAAACCAUGCCCACCCUUUAAGAUCAUCAUCCUGGAUGAGGCUGACUCAAUGACCAACGCUGCUCAGGCUGCUCUCAGACGCACCAUGGAGAAGGAGUCCCGGACCACCCGCUUCUGUCUCAUCUGCAACUAUGUCAGCAGGAUUAUUGAGCCCUUGACAUCCAGAUGCUCAAAAUUCCGCUUCAAACCUCUGGCCAAUCGGGUCCAAGAAGAGCGCCUGCUAGAAAUCUGUUACAAGGAGAAUCUCAAGUACUCGAAGGAGGGAAUUGCAGCGUUGGUGAAGGUUUCAGAGGGGGAUCUGAGAAAAGCCAUAACCUUUCUUCAAAGUGCUGCACGGCUGAACACAGAUAAUGAGAUCACGGAGAGCGCGGUCAUAGAGAUAGCAGGGGUUGUUCCCCCCAAGAUGAUCGACAAUUUGCUUCAAAUCUGUUACAAGGGCACAUUUGAAAAACUAGAGAUUGCUGUUCGGAACAUGGUAGAUGAAGGCUAUGCUGCCACUCAGAUCAUCAACCAGCUACACGAAGCCGUCAUAGAGGAAGAGCUGAACGACAAGCAGAAGUCUGCCAUCACGGAAAAGAUGGCAGUAGGUGGUUGAUAAGUGUCUAGUGGAUGGUGCAGAUGAGUACCUGCAGAUGCUGAGUCUGUGUUCUGUGAUCUUGCAGCAAGCCACCCAGAGUAACUGACCCUACAACCUCUCCUCUACGUUUACAUCCUAACCAACUGCUUAUUUUGAUACAUGUUUUUACUCAUUAAUCUAAAUGUUUUCCUUUUAAAUACUCUAUUUGUUCAUCAGUGCUGUCAUACGUCAGGGGUCAGUUUCAUUAAAAAGUACUGUGAUUUCA